AUGGCAGCAGCACCCUCCUUUUCCACCAUCCCACAAUGGCAGGUCAUCGGACAAGCGAAGCGGGACGAAGUCCUAAGACUCCUCCCCAGCGAAUGGAAGAUCGACGCUGUCCCCGCGCCGGAGCACCUCCGAGAUGUCACCAACUAUGCUAGGCAGUUCCUAACGGCCGAAGAGCGAGAAAUCACCGAGGCUCCAUCCGCCACCUCUCUCCUUACCAGAGUGGCGAGGGGGGAGCUGACGGCAGUCCAGGUCACUAAGGCAUUCUGUCACAGGGCCACCAUUGCCCAUCAAGUGACAAACUGCCUUUCCGAAGUCAUCUUCACUCAGGCCCUGGCUGACGCCGAAGCACUCGAUGCCGCGUACAAGCGGGAGGGCAAGGUUGUCGGGCCGCUUCACGGGCUGCCCGUGUCGUUGAAGGACCAGUUCCGCGUCAGAGACACUGAAACGUCUCUCGGGUAUGUCGGUUGGUUAGGUAAGAAGGAGACAGCAAAUUCUGAGUCCUGGGUUGUCCAACAGCUGCGUAAGCUGGGGGCUAUUGUCUUUGUGAAGACGAAUGUCCCUUCCAGUUUGAUGGCCCUUGAGACCAGUAACAACAUUAUUGGCUACACCGUCAAUGCUGCCAACAGGCUGCUGUCCGCAAGUGGCUCCUCUGGAGGUGAGGCAGCAUUGAUUGCUGCAGGCGGCAGCAUCCUUGGUCUAGGUUCUGACCUGGGGGCAUCCAUCCGUCUACCCAGUGCGCUCAACGGAAUCGUUGGCCUCCGUCCAUCUCACGGCCGUCUACCUUAUGUCGGUGUGGCAAACAGUAUGCUUGGACACCAAACUCUCGAAUCCGUGAUUGGGCCCAUCGCUCGCAACAUUGCAGAUCUCCGACUGCUUGUACAAACCAUUGUUGCCCUUGAGCCGUGGACGGCUGAUCCCAAAGUUGUCAAGUUGCCUUGGCGAGAGAACGAGGAACUCGAGGCCCGGAGAAAGCUUGCCUCGAAGAAACUGAUCUUUGCGGUGCUCCGUAAUGACGGCGUGAUUACUCCUCACCCUCCUGUGCAGCGAGUCGUGCAAGAGUCUGUCGACAAACUGAAAGCCGAGGGCUAUGAGGUAAUCGAAUGGUCGCCCCCUGCGCAUUCGGAGGCCUUCGAGAUUUCUUGGGCCUCCUUUACAGCGGAUGCUGGGAAGGACUUCCACGACCAAAUGUCGUUGUCUGGCGAGAUCCCCGUUCCCGAACUUGCUUCCGUGUAUGGUGAGAAACUUGGCCAUCUGCCGUCUAAGACGGUCAAUGACCUCUGGGAUACCCAACGCCGGCGGGAUGAAUUCCAGGCCAGAUACCUGCGGUACUGGGAGUCUACCCGAGACAAGACAAGCACUGGCGAGCCCGUGGACGCCCUCCUUGUCCCCGUUGCGCCAACGGUUGGCUAUAAGCGGGGAAAUGGCCUCUAUCCUGGCUACACCUCCACGUACUCCGUGUUGGACUACUCAGUUGCGGUCGUCCGCGCUGGAAAGGCAGAUGCUGCCAGAGAUCUCCCGUACCAUGACUUUAAGCCUCAGAGCGACUUUGAUGGUCCGAUUCAAGCACAGUGUAUGCGUGCCCAGGCCGAUGCUUCCUAG